AUUCUUGUUUGAGUGUAAAAGUGUAAAAAGAUAAAAUAAAUAUAAUGUCUGGUCGCGGUAAAGGUGGAAAAGUGAAGGGAAAGGCAAAGUCGCGUUCAAACCGUGCUGGCCUACAGUUUCCCGUUGGUCGUAUUCAUCGGCUUCUUCGCAAGGGCAACUAUGCCGAGCGUGUUGGUGCCGGUGCUCCAGUUUACUUGGCGGCCGUUAUGGAAUAUUUGGCCGCUGAAGUUUUGGAGUUGGCUGGUAAUGCAGCGCGCGACAACAAGAAGACCAGAAUUAUCCCUCGCCAUCUGCAAUUGGCCAUCCGCAACGAUGAGGAGUUGAAUAAACUUCUUUCGGGCGUCACUAUUGCCCAGGGCGGUGUGUUGCCUAACAUCCAAGCGGUUCUGUUGCCUAAGAAGACCGAAAAGAAGGCUUAAACUACGAAUUAUUGCACAUCAAAACCAAAACCAAAACCAAACGUCCUUUUCAGGA